AUGUCUAACAUCAACCAAUUGAUCAACGAUAAAGAACAAGAACAAUCACAAGAUACUGGUGUCAAACUCCAGGUGAGUGAUGAAGGGGUUAUAGAUCAUUCUAUGACCGAUGUGAAUUCUAAUGAAAUUGCCCAGACAAACGGUAAUGAUGCUCCAGGGACAAAUUUGGGAAGCACAGAUUCAUUGGCAAAUAACAGUGCAACCACAAGUGCAAACGCAAAUGCAAAUGCAACUGCAAAUGUAGAUACUCCCUCAAUUAAACAAGAAGAUAGUGCAAAGGAUAAUGAAUUGAAAAAAAAUAAAUCUUUGGCAGAUAGUAUAGAUUUGAGUGCCACUGUUGGUGGUUCUCAAACAAGAAAGUAUUUAAACAAGUAUGUAACACCUACUCUUUUAAAUGGGAUGAGAUUGAUAUCUAUUGAACAACCAAAAGAUCCAUUACGAGUACUAGGUAAUAUUUGA